AUGGAGGUAUUGUGGUGGGAUGUCGCAACGAAGGUGAAAUUCAAGAAUAUCAUCAAUAAAAAACUUGGUGAGACGUACGAAACAAAAGAAGUCAAAGGAAUUACAGAAAAUAUUGAGGAAGAAUCUCUUAUUAAUUAUAUAAAAUAUCAAAAUAAAGAUUUAUUUCAAGAAAAUUCAGAAAUUAGUAUAAUUAAAUAUUGGGCAACAAAGAAAAAUAGUAAAGUGUACCAGGCUAUCUUGCAAUUAGACCUGCAUACUUACAAUAAAAUGACAGUAGGAAUGGGUAAGUUGUUCAUUGGUUAUAAUGUAUGUACCGUUUACGAUUUUGUAGCUAUUAAGAGAUGCUUUAAACGUAUCAAUUGUAAUCGUGUUUCUCAGGAGUGUAACAAAGAUUUAAGUUGUCCUAAAUGUGCUGAUUCACAUGAAUUAAAAAAUGGUACUGAAAAUAAUUUUUAG